AUGGACGAUUAUAUCAAAUCCUUUAGCAGGCUUCAAGCAGGGCUGAGUCCCCUCAAGUAUGAGCGAUGUUCUUGGCAUGAGUUUGAAGCGGACUUUGACGUCCAUCAAGAAUUUGUCCAGCUUGUCGGGGCUGCCAUCAAAAGGAGUUGGCCUGGGCGUAGUUCUCUCUUGGUCGUUAUCGGAGGUCUUGGGCAAGCUCUCAGUACAUGGGACCAGGGAUUCGAGAUCCAACGAGAGACACCUCCAUCACCUCCGUCUCCAUCACUGCGACCUGAACAUUUAGGGUGCUGGACACCUGCCAAUAAUGCACCUGAAAAUCUUGCCGCCGUCGACUUGGAUCGACCGGAGCUUCGUGAUCUACCUGAGCGAUACCUAGCGGUAUUCUUGAACCAUAAGAAGAAGCACGGUAAGGAAUCCUACUUUCAACUGAAUCGAGAGACUUUCGCUAGUUCCCCGGUCCAAUUCGUGGAAGAGGCUCAGAGCCUCUACCGCGCUGUGGAGAAUAAGAUUCGUUGGGACUCUCAGCAUAGCAAAUUCGAUCACUCGCCGGCCGAGAAACAUCCCAUCAUCGACCCAAAGAUGGGCUGUCGAUCUUGUUCUCGGGAUAGAGCUAUGCUGUCAAAUGACCCUCUAGAAGGACUGUUCAUGUCUGAGAACGCAAGCAAGGUGUCGCCCACACCUGGAGAGUGGAGGAUGUUCUGGAAGCGGUGGAAGUUUCAUACUAGUGCAUUAUUUAGAGCAGCUUGUCAUUUUCUGUGCUCUCCCGAGAUGCCGCGAGAACAAUUCGAGCGCCUGAUUCUGGAACAUCUGGAGCACGACAUGAACUUUGGAAACUACAACAUCAUCCGCAUGGCUACGAAGGAACUCAAAAGAAAUCCAUUAGACUACAUUGCUUCGAAGCUAGGUUUUGCUCCUCGGAUGCAACCGUUGACACCAGAGCACCAGAGGUAA